GUAAACAUCAACUCUAGACUCAACCGACCAUCCAUCAUUUCGCUGCCCCUUUUGACGAAAUUCGCAACUUAUUUUACAGAUCACUUGUGCAGAGGAUGGCGCUGUCUCUUUGUGUUCUCUCUCUUCUUUUCUUGUUCGACGGCGUACACGGCUACUCGUCAGGUCCGCCGGACAACGUAUGUGUCUCUAUGGCUCCUAGUACUAUUGCAGCACCUAAUGGUCACGGAGCAGCACCUCAGACUGGGCCCUCACCGUUCAAUGUUACUCACAACGUUGAAAAUGGGACAGCAUAUACAGGACAAAGAUAUCAAAUUGAGAUCACUUCAAGUGCCUCUAGCAGUUUCAAGGGGUUUAUGUGUCAAGUGCGCAACAUCAGCGACAAUACGGACACAAAAGCUUGGGGCGAGUUUGAGGACUUUCCCACCCCGAAAGCAAAAAACUUGGCCUGCACCUCACCCAAGGGCGCAGUUGUUCAUAACAACCCGACUGCGGUGAAUAGUUUGAGAGCCACGUGGACGGCACCAAGUACAGUGGCUGACUCCACAUUUCAGCUCUACUGCACUGUGGUUCAAGAGAGGGUAACGUAUUGGGUCAAACUGGAGGCGACAUCGGAUCCAUUUCGUCUGGUGGCAGCGCCUACAACACCUGUCGCAACCACUGAAGCACCUACUACUGGAAACGUUACACGCACUACUGGAGACGCUACACCUACCACGCCUAUACAAGCUACACCAAAGAGUGGCUCUACAAGCAACGUUGCUUGCACCCUUUUAGUAAUCAUGACACUGCUAUUUUGUAUGCUUCGUAUCUAGAAGAAGCAUACUGCACUAUGACUCAAUAGAAACUAGACAAAUUCUGAGAUGUGCUUGAACUUGUUGUCAAUGUCAAGAGUAUAGAGUGCAGAAAAUCUAGAUGCUGUCGUUGUCCUUCAACAUUUAGUUAUUUGAUGAUAAGUGGAAUGGC